AUGGUCAAGACUUCCGUCCUCAACGAUGCCCUCAACGCCAUCAACAACGCUGAGAAGGCUGGCAAGCGCCAGGUCCUGAUCCGUCCUUCCUCCAAGGUCAUCGUCAAGUUCCUGUCUGUCAUGCAGAAGCACGGCUACAUUGGCGAGUUCGAGGAGGUCGAUGACCACCGUUCCGGCAAGAUCGUCAUCCAGCUGAACGGCCGUCUCAACAAGACUGGUGUCAUCAACCCCCGUUACCCCGUCCAGCUCCGUGACCUUGAGAAGUGGGCCACCCAGCUCCUUCCCUCUCGUCAGUUCGGCUUCGUCGUCCUGACCACCUCCGCCGGUAUCAUGGACCACGAGGAGGCCCGCCGCAAGCACGUCGCUGGCAAGCUCCUCGGUUUCUUCUACUAG